CAGACAGUUUCGCUGCGCGACAUAGAUGAUCAAACUUGUCCUAGUUUAACCUCUGGUGCUCUUGUUGUGCGGAUGAUGAUAGUUUUCCUGAUGCAUACCGUAGACCACGGUCGCUUUGCAGCUUCCCCGUGUGGGGAUCCGAAUGGUGCCCAUGGUUUUGGUUGACGACCAGCCACCGCAGAAUAGUAUAUGAUGUCGCAUCAGAAUCAAUGUGUAUUCCGACUCUUUCGAAUAUUCUCCUCUUAACAGUGUUAUCGACCUUUACUUAAACCAUGUCGCAAACCACCACCACCGGAACGGAAGAGAUGAGCCUACCGACAACAAUGAGAGCAUGGCAAUGGUCGACAUGUGGUACCACGCUUGAGGAGGCGAUAGAGCUCAAAGACUCAGUCCCACUGCCGACAUCGAAGCGGCCCCUCGCAGCUGGAGAAUCUCUUAUUCAAGUUCACGCUGCUGCUCUAAACCCUGUCGACUACAAGCUAGCAGAACUGCCAGUGGUUGGACGAAUGGCCAUCCCGAAACCAGCAACACCCGGGCUUGAUUUUGCUGGAAGGGUUGUUCAAGAAGGACCCGACUGCAAUGUCAAGGUUGGGCAAAUGGUAUUUGGCAAACUCGAGCCAAAGCAACAGUUUGGCACACUUGGGGAAUACGUUAUCGGUUCAAAAGCUGGGACGGUGCCGAUACCUAGUGGCGUGUCUGUAGAGCAAGCAGCAACGCUAGGGGUUUGUGGACUUGUGACGUAUCAGUGUCUUGCUCCAAAUGUGAGAGCUGGUGACCGAGUGUUUAUUAAUGGUGGUUCGGGAGGUACGGGAACAUUUGCCAUACAGAUCGCCAAAGCUUUGGGAUGCCAUGUUACUACAACUUGCUCAGGUGCAAACACCCAACUGUGCAAGGAUCUUGGAGCCGACGAGUUGAUUGACUAUCGUGAAAACGAUGUUUCUACUCUUCUCGCAAGCAGCUCGAAGCACUAUGAUAUGGUUCUCGAUAACGUUGGCCACCAGUUCGAGCUCUACUGGAAAUCCCCCUCCUUCACGAAGCCUGGAGCGAAGUACGUACAGAUCGGGUCCCAGGUCAGCUUGCCCUUCAUGUAUGACCUCGCUUUCCGCUUCUUGGUACCCAUGUGGCUUGGAGGCGGGCAACGGCCGUUCUCAUUCGGUCUUGCUUCUACAAAUUACGAUGACUUCAUCAAGUUAGGCAAACUUGUCGCGGACGGCAAAGUGAAGCCUGUCGUGGACGAACUUUUUGCAUUCAACAAUGUACAUAGAGCAUACGAGAAGCUCAGGACCGGCAGGGCGAAGGGCAAGAUUGUAGUCAGGGUGAGAACCGAAUAACGACCGGCCGAAUAAAAAGAAAUAUGUUGCCGCCCUUAUGAUCAGAAACGAGCUAAGAAUAUGCUGUUCGAUAACCCCUUUUGCGUCCGCGCUGACAUACGAGCUGCUCGCUAUGUAGUAUCUGAAUCAGAUGAAGGCUCGCAGAACCUCCCCGUCAGGCAUUAGUGUG